AUGUAUGAACCUACAGUCAAAAUAUACAUAUUGUGGCUUUGGCAUUUUGUCGAACACAUUACAUUGGCUAUCAAGAACAGGAGAGGAAGCAUAUCAGGAUUACUUACUGUUAUAGGCGUGGUGAAGACGAAGAGUAUGGCACCACAUUCGACAUGGAGAGGAAUAGAGGAUAGGUGGUCAGGGUCCUCGUGCCUCUUGAACGGACAGCAUGUGGAUGGCAACAAAAACAGGCAAAGACCUGAGAUCAUAAGCAGUUUGAAAUCACCUACCAUGGCAGGUUGCGAUUUGAUUGUGCGAGCGAUGCAGGGACAGCACCACACCACCUCCGUCCUCUGCUUCCGCUCUAUCAUCGCUGUCCUCUGCUUCUGCUCCAUCAUCGUCGCGCGGUAUGCACGAGGCAUGGCAUCCCGUGAGGAGCUGGGGAGCCCAAUGGCCGUCGUGUGGAGCUGA